GGUCGGCAUCGAUAGUUCCUCGGGCCUAGAAUCAGGUCCCAUAAAGGACCCCCCGAUCCUAUCUGGUCCUGCCCUAGGAUUUUCACUUGAUCGGUCUUCUUUAAGUUCAUUUACAUCAUUACCCGUCCCUUCACGCUUUAACGAUACGACCCAGUCCCAGCAAUCCGGUAACUAUUUCCAAGAUUGGCCCCCAUCCCAAUAAUCCACUUUCCACCGUGUCCAGUGUCCACUAUGUCGUCCCUGGAUGCCACUACUCCCUCACAGGAGUCACAGCCACUGCCCCUCCCGGAAGGCGUCUGCAGCCGCUUCAUCGAGACGCGCGAUCUAAAAUUCCACAUUCUCGAGGCUGGCGCCACUCCCGCCCACGACCGGCCGUUGAUUGUCCUUCUGCACGGGUUCCCUGAGAUCGCCUAUUCAUGGCGUCGAGUCCUCCCCCAGCUCGCAGCCGCGGGCUUUCACGCAGUCGCGCCAGAUCAGCGCGGAUUCGGCCGAACGACGGGCUGGGAUGCGCGGGCCUACGAGGAUGUGGAUCUAACAACUUUUUCCAUGACAGAGCUGGUGCGCGAUAUCGUGGUUUUAGUGCAUGCUUUGGGUUAUCGCUCAGUACAGUGCGUCGCUGGCCAUGACUGUGGUGCCAUGACGGCCGCGACGUGUGCCUUAAUACGACCGGAUUUCUUCCGAAGCGUGGUGCUCAUGAGCCACCCUUUCAAUGGUAGCCCGACCUUGCCUUUCAACACUGCCAAUGAAGGCACUGUGGAAGAACAGCGUGCGGCUACUGCGGGAGGAGGUGGCGGUACCGAAGGAUCUGCGGCUGCUUCGGGGAUCCAUGAAGCUCUGGCCCAACAUGGCCGCAAGCACUAUAAAUGGUAUUACUCGACACCGCAGGCGAGUCCAAACAUGUCGUCGUUAUCUCGAGAUGAAAUGCACCGCUUUCUGCGUGGUUAUUUCCAUCUCAAGAGCGGAUCUUGGCCGGGGAAUCAGCCGCAUCCACUGAAGAGCUGGACUGCAGAUGAAAUUGUUCAGAUGCCGGGCUACUACAUUAUGCCAUUGGAAGCUACUAUGCCAGAGACCGUAGAGAGGGACAUGAAGGAUGAGCCAACACGGGGACAGAGCUCCCACUCGUGGCUCCCGGACGACGAACUUGCAGUCUACGCCGGCGAGUAUGUUCGGACAGGUUUCCAAGGAGGCUUGAAUUGGUACCGGGUGCGCACGGCUCCAGACGGCCGAUAUACUCGAGACUAUGAUACCUUUGCAGGAAAGAAGAUCGAAUGUCCAUGCGCAUUCGUCUCUGGCAAGCAGGAUUGGGGUAUCUACCAAGAGCCCGGAGCACUUGAAAAGAUGACCAGCGGUGCAGUUUGUUCUGAUUUCCGCAUUCUCCGUCUGCUUGAUGGAAUUGGUCACUGGGUACCUCAAGAAAGUCCAAACGAAGUGGUGCAAACCAUCCUCGAGUUGGUACAAGGGCUGGAUGGGUAGCUACUAGUAUCGUAUAGUAGAGCUCUGCAAGAGCCCCGAGGUAUUACUAUCAUCCUUCAUAUCAGUAUAUAAGAAGCGUAUCCUAAGCUCGAAGGGUGAUUUGCGUAAAUAUGAUAUGAAUGAAGCAAAAUACUGCGUCAAUUGCUUCGAGGACUGCACUAUCUCACCCUCCGCAUGGAUCCGUGCCAGGAGAACCCAAAGGCACCGUCCCCAUCAUCGCUGUAU